GUCCCGCUGCGGGCCAGCCGCCAGCCUUAGCCCGGUCGCAGGCCAGGCCCCGUGCGGGUGCUGGGGCACCAUGAAGUGUCUGGUCACGGGCGGCAACGUGAAGGUGCUGGGCAAGGCCGUCCACUCUCUAUCCCGCAUUGGGGACGAGCUCUACCUGGAGCCCCUGGACGACGGGCUCUCUCUCCGGACGGUGAAUUCCUCCCGCUCUGCCUAUGCCUGCUUCCUCUUCGCCCCGCUCUUCUUCCAGCUGUACCAGGCGGCCACCCCUGGUGAGGACCCGCUGCGCUGUAAGAUCCUGAUGAAGUCGUUCCUGUCCGUCUUCCGCUCACUGGUGAUGCUGGAGAAGACCGUGGAGAAAUGCUGUAUCUCCCUGAGCGGCAGGAACAGCUUCCUGGUGAUCCAGCUGCACUGCAAAUACGGGGUGAAGAAGACUCACAACCUGUCCUUCCAGGACUGCGAGUCCCUGCAGGCUGUCUUCGACCCAUCCUCGUGCCCCCAUGUGCUCCGGGCCCCGGCAAAGCUUCUGGGAGAGGCUGUUCUGCCCUUCCCCCUUGCACUGGCCGAAGUGACUCUGGGCAUUGGCCGUGGCCGCAGGGUCAUUCUGCGCAGCUACCAGGAGGAGGCAGACAGCACUGUCAAAGCCAUGGUGACUGAGAUAAGCAUCGGGGAGGAGGAUUUCCAGCAGUUGCAGGCUCAAGAAGGGGUGGCCAUCACUUUCUGCCUUAAAGAAUUCCGGGGGCUCCUGAGCUUCGCAGAGUCAGCAAACUUGUCUCUUAGCAUUCAUUUCGAUGCUCCGGGCAGGCCAGCCAUCUUCGCUAUUAAGGACUCUCUGCUGGACGGCCACUUUGUCCUGGCCACACUCUUGGAGCCAUCCCCACACUCCCCGGAGCUCCACCAGCCAGCCCCUCAGCUCCAGGCUCACAGCACACCCUACCCGGACGACUUUGCCAAUGACGACAUUGACUCUUACAUGAUCGCCAUGGAAACCACUGUGGCCAGUGAGGGCUCACGGACACUCCCCUCCAACUCCCUCUCACCUGGCCUCCAGCCCCCCUGUAACUGUGGCCCCAACUCAGAGGAGGAAGAUGAAGCUGAGCCCAGUGCAGUGCCUGGGACACCCCCACCCAAGAAGUUCCGUUCGCUGUUCUUUGGCUCCAUCCUGGCCCCGGCACACUCCCCGCAGGGCCCCAGCCCCGUGCUGGCUGAAGACAGCGAGGGCGAAGGCUGAACUGAGAACCUCGUCUGCGUCCACAGGCCCUGGACUCGCUGAAGCCACAGCUUCCCACUUCUCCCAGUGCCAGCCAGGGGCGGGUGGCAAGAGCUGACUGGUCCCGCUAUCCCUAGGCCCCAUCUGGCUAUUGGUUCUGUCAUCUCCCCCCAAUCCCCAACCAAUCAUGUCUGUUUCCAAGCUUGGCACUGAAGGGAGGGGCACCUGAUAGGAGGUCCCUGACCUCUUCCUCCACGUGGCCAGAGCUGGACACACGUCUUCCCUAAGAAAAAAAAAUCACAGUGGGGCUGCUGGCCCCUGUCGAUUCAUCUCUGCCAAUCAUGACUGUCCCUCAAAUCCUAGGCACACCUCUGGGGUCCCUCUUGGCUGGUACAGACUGUUACUCUUGCUUUCUCAAUUCUCUGGCCCUGGCUUGGAAUUCUAGGUGCCCCAAGUGGACCUUAAUGUGUGGCUGGGAUUGCCCUGGCUGAGGCCUCGUGCCCAGUGAGCCUGCCUUCCCCAGUAGCUCUGGGCAGAAGGAUGCCAGGCCCAGUGUUUGAGACAAGGGAGACAGGCCAGGGCGAGAAUCCAGAUUUGACCUUUAUUCAAGAGACCAGAUGGGUUGCCCAGGAUCUGGCUGCCAGCCCUGAGGCCAAGCAAGGCUGGAGACCCACAAUCUGGCCCUGCUUUGCCCUGAGCUGCAGCCUCAGCCCCAGGAUCCUGCUUGCAGCCACCGGGGCACAGGCAGAGGGAGCCCUGGGGGAUUGGAUGCUGCUGAUUCAUUAA